GGGGAACCUCAGGCUCCAUACCUUCCAUCACACGUCACGGGGUCCGCCGUGGACAAACUUAUAUCUGCUAUCUCUCCUUGCGAGGAUUGCAGGUGCUGAACUAACCGCCUAGGAGCCUACCUCGACUGUCUCUAGUAAUAUCCGGGCACUUCGGUGGCGGCCGCCUGAGAUUGAACUCAGAUAGACCGACCUUGUAUCACUGGGCCUGGAUAUGAUUCAUGAUCAGUCUCAAUCCUUGUCGCCCUAAAGCACAUUUGAGCUCGGCACCGCAGAUUCAGGGGUGGUUUAUGCGUCUGGCCCACUGAUGUCGGCCUCCACUACUUCUCCGGACCCUGUUCCGCUUGGUCAGGAAAAUGCUGCGCUGCAAAAUACACCUGCCGAGGGUGCCUUCAAGAGGCUCUGGAAGCGGGUAGGUUUGUCAUACAACAAAAGCUCAUCCACGAUCCCCAGUGGUGUUACAUCCUACCAUUCUCGCGCAACUCCGAAGGAACAAAAGGGUCCAAGUAUUCAUUGGGCACCACUCAAUAUUGGACUCGAACGGCGGUUGCAGACUUUGGUGGUCCUGUGCCAUACUUUGACAAUAGCGAUAUUUUUAACGGGAUUCUUCUUCACGUGUGCAAUUCCUCUAUUCUGGCCUCUUCUACUACCUUACCUCAUCUUUAUUUCCCUUUUUUCAACCGCAGCUACGUCGGGCAACCUAAGUGGUCGAAGUGAUUUCUUACGCUCACUUAGUGUGUGGUCAAUAUAUGCGUCAUAUUUUCCAGCCCGGUUGCAUCGAUCAGAGCCUCUACUUCCUACGCGGAAAUAUAUUUUCGGAUACCACCCACAUGGCAUUAUCUCCCAUGGUGCUUUUGCGGCAUUUGCCACCGAGGCACUGGGGUUCUCAAGGCUAUUCCCGGGCAUUACGAAUACCCUGCUUACACUAGACUCAAAUUUCCGAAUUCCUUUUUACAGGGAGUAUGCGCUUGCUAUGGGGAUUGCUAGUGUUUCUCGCGAAUCAUGCGAGAACCUGCUGACGAAGGGUGGCAUUGACGGUGAAGGAAUGGGCCGUGCUAUUACCAUUGUCAUAGGCGGCGCUCGCGAGUCGCUUGAUGCUCUUCCACAUACCUUGCGCCUUGUACUCAAGAGGCGUAAGGGGUUUAUAAAAUUGGCCAUCCACACUGGCGCUGAUCUUGUGCCGGUGUUGGCCUUUGGGGAAAAUGAUCUCUAUGAACAGGUACGCUCUGAAAACCAUCCUGUCAUACACAAAUUACAGAUGCUGGUGAAGCAUACAAUGGGAUUUACUAUUCCAUUAUUCCAUGCCCGUGGAGUAUUCAACUAUGAUGUUGGUUUGAUGCCAUAUCGUCGACCCCUUAAUAUCGUGGUUGGUCGUCCCAUUCAUGUUGUGCAGCAACGUGAUAGGGAAAAAAUUGGCGAUGACUAUAUCAAUCAUCUUCAUUCCCUGUAUGUACGAGAACUGGAGAGAUUAUGGGAGGAAUGGAAAGACGUUUAUGCCAAGGAUAGGACAUCGGAUAUUGAAAUUGUUGCUUGAUAUGCCCUGGUAACCAGUGUCACAGGAGCAAGAGAGACUGUUCUGUAUCUAUAUUUCACACCAGCAGGUACACAAUACUUGGAAUGAGAACCAAACAACGAUAUUAGUGUCGGGUUUCACCGAGGUUUAGAGGUACUGGCAAUAAAAGAAACUUUGUUUUCCCUGAUGAUUAUGCAAGAUCCUAUGGUUUUUACGUGUUUUCCAGUGCUGCUACAGAUAUAAUUCCUAAG